AUGUCUCUUCAAAACAUUUCUUCUUCUUCUUCUUCAUUUUUUUCAUUUUCUUCUUUUCUUCUUCUUCUUCUUCUCCGUUUUCUUCUUUUUUCUUCUUUUUCUUCUUAUUUCUUCUUUUUCAUCAUUUUCUCCUUUUUUCUUCUUUUUCUUCUUCUUUUCAUCAUUUUCUUUUUUCUCCUUCUUUUUCUUCUUCCUAUCCUUUUUUCUUCUUUUUCUUCUUCUUUUCUUCUUCCUUUCUUCUUUUUCUUCUUAUUUUUCAUUAUUUUCUGCUUUCUCUUCUUCUUUCUCUUCUUCCUUUUCUUCAUUUUCUUCGAUUUUUCUUCUUUUUUCUUCUUCCUCUCCUUUUUUCUUCUUUUUCUUUCUUUCGUUCUUCUUUUUCUUCUUCGUUUUCUUCUUCUUUUACUUUUUUUCAUCAUUUUUUCUUCUUCUUUUCUUCUUGUUCUUCCCCACCCCUUGGCAUCGAGCCUGCUUUCAUCCAUUCUCUCUCUCUCCUCUCUCUCUCUCUCUCUCUCUCUCUCGUCUUAUAUUAUUGACGAAUUCGUGUCUCGGAAUAUUUUAAACUUCUUUCUUUAUGACUUUUUUACUUUUGCUGGAACCUUCUUAGCCGAUUCAAUCUAUCUAUCUAUCUAUCUAUCUAUCUAUCUAUCUAUCUAUCUCAUUCUGCACGUAUCUAUCUAUCUCAUUCUGCAAGUAUCUAUCUAUCUGAGAAUACUAUCUAUCUAUCUAUCUAUCUAUCUAUCUAUCUAUCUAUCAGUCUUUUCGGAUCUAUCUAUCUAUCUAUCUAUCUAUCUAUCUAUCUAUCUAUCUAUCUCAACCUGUUUAGUUCUAUCUAUCUAUCUAUCUAUCUAUCUAUCUAUCUAUCUCAGUCUUUUCGGAUCUAUCUAUCUAUCUAUCUAUCUAUCUAUCUAUCUAUCUAUCUAUCUAUCUAUCUAUCUAUCUAUCUUUUCGGAUCUAUCUCAGUCUAUUUCGGAUCUAUCUAUCUAUCUAUCUAUCUAUCUAUCUAUCUAA